ACAAAGAUUGGUAUUAAAAAUAUAAUAUAUAGAUAAUAAUUUUCCCGCGCUUUUUACGAGAUUGCGCUGUUAUGACCAUGAGAAUCAUUAUGAGAUUCUACGUAAGGUAGAAUCUUCAAUGGAAAAGUUACUUCCUUUAAAUCGAACGUAGUAAAAUUCUUACUAUUUGUUUCCAAUUUUAGAAAACUCAAAAAAGGUCAAAAAUGCUGAAUAAAUACCUAAAAAAUCUUAUGAAGCACACAGGAACCAACAAAAACCCAUAUGAGAUCCACAGGAACUUUGAGGAAAUCCAAGAAAAACAUUUGAAAAACCCAUGUUGAAUUUAAUUCAUAUGGAACUUAGAUAGAAUUUUAGGUAGAAUUCAUUUAUUAUAAUAACAUUGCUAUUGAAAUUAAUACGAAAGGGUUACGGGUAGAUACACAUGAUAGCACUAAAAUGUCAAAUUUAAAAGGGCGCCAUUUUAUGUUAUCACAAAAGAUUUGGUUAAUUGUAUGCUUUUAUGAAACCCAUUAAUUCAAGUUUUAGCUUCUUUCAGUUAGUAAUCGUAUAGUAAAAUAUUCUAUAUAUUUGACAACAUGUUUACUAUGAAGUAAGAAACUCGCAUUAUUUGGAAGUAAAUUGCGGUCGGCGACUGUUGCAUUUUAAACGCUUUUGAUUUUAAGGCAUUAAACAAUAAUGGCGUUACAUAGUGUACCGCCGAAAAGAAAAGAAAUAUACAAAUAUGAAGCACCAUGGCCUUUGUACAGUAUGAAUUGGUCUGUUCGACCCGAUAAAAGGUUUCGUCUGGCUCUGGGUAGCUUUGUGGAAGAAUAUAAUAAUAAAGUGCAAAUAGUAUCGCUUGAUGAAGAAACCUCUGAAUUCAGUGCCAAAAGUACUUUUGAUCAUCCUUACCCAACUACAAAAAUUAUGUGGAUACCAGAUAGCAAAGGUUUGUUUCCUGAUCUCUUAGCUACAUCUGGUGAUUAUCUAAGAGUAUGGCGGGCAGCUGAACCAGAAACUCGUUUAGAGUGUGUUUUAAACAACAAUAAGAAUUCAGAUUUUUGUGCUCCUCUCACAUCUUUUGAUUGGAAUGAAGUAGAUCCAAAUUUAAUUGGUACUUCAAGUAUAGAUACUACAUGUACUAUCUGGGGAUUAGAAACAGGCCAAGUUUUGGGUAGGGUGAAUAUGGUCACUGGCCACGUUAAAACACAAUUAAUUGCCCAUGACAAAGAAGUAUAUGACAUUGCAUUUAGUCGUGCUGGUGGUGGUCGUGAUAUGUUUGCAUCUGUUGGUGCAGAUGGAUCUGUAAGAAUGUUUGAUUUAAGACACUUAGAACAUUCUACAAUAAUAUAUGAAGACCCACAGCACACACCUCUAUUGAGACUUGCAUGGAACAAACAAGAUCCCAAUUAUCUUGCAACUGUUGCAAUGGACGCCUGUGAAGUAAUAAUUUUAGACGUCCGAGUCCCGUGUACACCGGUUGCAAGAUUGAAUAAUCAUAGAGCAAGUGUUAAUGGCAUAGCUUGGGCACCACAUUCGUCUUGUCAUAUUUGUACAGCAGGAGAUGAUCAUCAAGCAUUAAUUUGGGAUAUACAACAAAUGCCGAGAGCUAUCGAGGAUCCAAUUUUAGCUUAUACUGCUGCAGAAGGAGAAGUGAAUCAAAUUCAGUGGGGUGCUACACAACCUGAUUGGAUUGCAAUUUGUUAUAAUAAAGCAGCAGAAAUUCUCAGGGUGUAAAGAAAAUGUUUUCUAUCAAGUCAGUAUCAUUUUAAUAUAUGUGCAACACUUCACUGCAAGAUCUUACUUAAAAUCUAUUGCAUCUUACGGUUUUCAGUAUUUGUACAGAUUUCUAUCUUUGUCGUAUAUUUUAUGAUUUUUUGUACCUGUAAAAUAGUUAUGUACAAAUAAUAGUUAUAUUUUAAGAUAUCGAAAAUUCGAUAAGAGAAACAUUUGACGCAAUGCGCGAGUAUUUUUUAAUUGAAGAAUUGUGUAAUGUCUAGUAAAUUUAAUAGUUUCUCAUAAAUUUCAGUAAUUUUCUGGAUGUAUCAAAUUAACGUGAUUCUUAUUAAUUUUAACUUAUCUUAUGAAGGUAAUUAAGGCUGGACCGAUUGCGCAGUAUCAAGUAUGUGUACAUGUUAACUUGAUAUAAUGCGUUUAAACUGUGCCACUGGUAUCUUAUGUAUUUAUUAUUCUUAGGUUCGUUGAACAAUCAUAGAAUAUAUUAAGUAAAAUAAUAUAAUGAUAAAGGCUCACUGAAUGAUAAUUAAGUUACAUAGUACUUCUUUAAUAAUCAAUAAGUAAAAUCCUGAAGAUGCAAUGUAUAGAGACUGAUGAACUAUAUAUAUAUACAUAUAUAUAUAUAUAUAUAUAUAUUUAUGUAAUGUAUGAUAGUAAUCGAUGUAUUUUAUUUUGUGACAAUAUAUACAUACGAUUAGUUGAGUUUAAGAAAUAAUGAAUCGAUCUGACAAAAACUUCUAAAUAUUCGAUUAAAUUUGACAACCAUUUUGGUGAAUUGAAAGCAAAAUAAAAUAUAUCUAUUACGUUAUAAAAUUGUAUAUAUGUUUAUAUUUACAUAUUCGCUUGAUUUUGUAGGAAAAAUUAGGAUAUUGCAAUAACAGGUUUUUCAUACACAAAUCGAAAUGUAUUAUUAAUAUGAUUUGUUUAAAAUAUAUAAAAACAUCGUCUUAUUGUAUUACAUCAUAUAUUCGUAAUGAAGUAAAUGCAAAAGAAGAUCAAAUCCUUGUGUUACAAAAGACAAAAAUUAUUAGCGAAUAGAGUCGGUGAUAUUAAUAUUAAUAAUGAAAUAAUUUAGAUAACGAUGUGAUUACUUAUGAGCUUUUAAAAUUCUUAAAAUUGUGUCGUGAUAUGCAGCUAAAAAUUUUUUUCUUUUUUUCUUUAAAUACAUCAAUUAUUUAUAUUAACAUGGAAAUAAUUGAAAUGAAUCAAUACAUAUACUAAUUAAGAAUCAUAGUUUCCGUACUCAAAGUAACAUGAUAAGAUGCGUAAUUAACAGGAUUUCAAUUUUAGAGAAGCAAGAACAAUAUUGAUAACCAAGGUAUUUUAUAAUUUACAGUUAUAUAAUGAGCGAAAUGCAUUAUUUAUAAUAAUGAAAUGCGUGUAUAUGAGUCGGAAUAGUAGCCAGUCAGAAUUAAAACAUUCAUUUCCCAAGUUAAUCUUUUGUUCAUUUUUUUACAGAAUAUCCAAUAUCUUCAUACACUUAUAGAAAUUAAGCUAUUAUAUACUAGUGCUACUUUAAUAAAUAUCAUUAACUCUGAUACAGAGCAAGCCUUUUAUUACCUAAUAUUUUCAAUUUAUUAUUUCAACAUCAACGAUUAAAAUCAUUUACAUAAUUUAUAUUAAACUUUGGCAAGACUUAAUUAUUAUCUCAAGAAGGAAAGUCAUCUAAAUUUUGUGCACAUUUGCUUAAAAAAAAAAGAUAAAAUCUAAGAGCAUGUACUUUUGUUCAUAUGUUUUAUGCUUCCAUGAUUCAUUCAUU